AUGCCUGCCGACAUUCGCAGCUUCUUUGGCGGCGGGCCCCCGAAGGCAAGCCAGGGAUCUCAGAAGAAAGACGAGCCUGCGCCCAAGAAGGCCGCACCCAAAAAGAAGGGUCGCACAAGUCGUGUUGUAGAGGACUCUGACGACGAUGAUGAGGAAGAGACAAAACUGAAGAAAGCGACACCAAAGAAGCCUGCUGCGAAGAAGGUCAAGCGCGAACCGACGCCAGAACCCGUACUUGAAGAGACCACCACAUCCGACUUUUUCGCCAGCUCGAAUAAGCCCAAGCGAACUGAACCUGUCAAGAAGAAGGCGGCGGAGACACCUGCUGCGACACCGAAGAAGGCACCUGUGAAGGCGAACGGAAAGGCCUCGAAGACGGCUACUCCGGCUACCAAUGCUAAGGCAUCUGGCCGAGCGAAGAAACCCGUUACAUCCUAUGCCGAGCGGGAUGACGAGGACGAGUUCCCGGACGACGACCUGGAGGACGCAGACGAUAUCUUCGAGGCCAACAUCAAGGGCAAAGGCAAGGACGACUACAAGGAAGCCUCGGACAGCGAUGACGACGUACCCGUGAAGCUGCCACAUCGCGGAACACCAAAGGCCCCAGCCAAGCAGCAGAAGACGAUCAAGGAUGAGGACGACUUCGACCCAGAAGAUGAAGACAUCGACAUGAAGGACAUCGAUGCGGAAGACGAACUUGUAGAGCCCGACGAGGAUGAGCAAGCACUGAAGAGCAAGCCAAAGAAGACAUCGACCGCAGGCAAGAAGCGAAAGUCACCCAUAUCUGACGACGAAGAGGAAGAGGAGGAGAAACCCAAGAAAGGACGACCGAAGAAGGCCACAACGACGACACCCAAAUCGCCAGCGAAAAAGAAGGCCAAGAAGGAGGAGGUCGAAGAUAGUGCAGACAUCCAGGCCAUCUACGACAGCAUUCCUACCGUGCGCGCGCCCACUCCACCACCCAAAGACGACAAUGCCAAGUUCAAUUGGCAGGCGAAUGCAGGUCGUGGGGAAGCUGCACCACUUGGAGGCGGAUCCAGCGAGAUGCCCUCAGGCUCAGAGACAUGUCUUGCAGGCCUAACAUUCGUCUUCACCGGAGUGCUGCAGAAGUGGGGUCGAACUGAAGCUCAAGAGCUGGUGAAACGGCACGGUGGAAAGGUGACUGGCGCUCCAAGCAAGAAAACCAACUAUGUUGUGCUAGGCACAGAUGCCGGCCCCAGCAAACUGCGGAAGAUUCAGGAGAUGGAAAUCAAGACGAUCGACGAAGAUGGCCUGACGGUGCUUAUCGAGAAGCUGACUGCGGCUGGCAACAAGGGCGACAGCAAGGCACAGGCCGAGCACGCUGAGAAGCAACGCAAAGAGGAGGAAAAGAUCAAGAAGCAAGCUGCAGAGCUUGAGCAAGAGGAGAAGAAGCGUCAGAAAGAGCUGUCGGCAGCAGCGAAAGCUUCCGGUAGCAAGACAGCCUCUGCCGUCACAGCAGCUGCUCAGAGUGCAGGCCCGGCCGUAGACUCCCGUUUGUGGACUACCAAGUAUGCGCCCACAUCACUCAACCAGAUUUGCGGCAACAAGGCGACGGUUGAGAGGAUCCAGCGCUGGUUGCAGAUGUUCCCAAAGAACCUCAAGACUGGCUUCAAGCUCGCUGGCAAAGACGGUAGCGGAAACUUCCGUGCCAUCAUGCUGCAUGGUCCACCCGGUAUUGGUAAGACUACUGCAGCUCAUCUCGUCGCCAAGCUGGAGGGAUACGAUAUUGUGGAGAGAAACGCCAGUGAUACCCGAAGUAAGAAGCUCAUCGAGGACGGUCUACGUGGUGUCCUCAGCACCAACUCACUCCACGGCUACUUUGCUGGAGACGGAAAGAAGGUUGAGGCGGCCAAGAAGAAGCUCGUUUUGAUCAUGGAUGAAGUCGACGGCAUGUCUGCGGGUGACCGUGGUGGUGUCGGUGCGCUCGCAGCCGUGUGCAAGAAGACGGAGGUUCCCAUGAUUCUCAUCUGCAACGACAGGAAGCUGCCAAAGAUGAAGCCCUUCGACUACGUUACAUUCGAUUUGCCUUUCCGACGGCCCACUGUCGACCAAGUACGAUCACGCAUCAUGACCAUCGCAUACCGAGAAGGCUUGAAGAUGCCUGCGCCAGUUGUCAAUGCACUCAUUGAGGGCAGUCACGCCGAUAUUCGCCAGGUCGUCAACAUGAUUUCCACAGCCAAACUCGACCAAACAGCCAUGGAUUUCGACAAGGGCAAGACGAUGUCUAAGAGCUGGGAGAAGCAUGUCAUCUUGAAGCCAUGGGACAUCACGCAGAAGAUUCUCGGUGGCGGCAUGUUUGCCUCGAGCAGCAAAGCCACGCUCAACGAGAAGAUUGAGCUCUACUUCAACGACCACGAGUUCAGUCCGUUGAUGUUGCAGGAGAACUACCUCGGCACGAACCCGAUGCAGUCCUUGAACUACUCUGGCAAAGAGAAGAACCUGAAGAAUCUGGAGUUGGCGUCACUAGCAGCCGACAGUAUCAGUGAUGGUGAUCUCGUGGAUCGCAUGAUUCACGGCUCUCAACAGCAGUGGAGUCUGAUGCCCACACACGCGGUCUUCAGUUUCGUCCGACCUGCAAGCUAUGUUGCUGGUAGCACUGCUGGUAACCAGACGCGCUUCACGUCAUGGCUAGGAAAGAACAGUUCUACAAACAAGCUGAGCCGAAUGAUCAAGGAGAUUCAAGCUCACAUGAGGUUGCGGUCGUCCGGUGACCGACAUGAGGUUCGACAGCAGUACGUCCCACUUCUCUGGACGGACCUAGUUCAGAAGCUGCAGAAAGAAGGCAAAGACGCUGUCCCACAGGUCAUCGAGCUGAUGGACAGCUACUACCUCACCAAAGACGACUUCGACGCGAUCAUGGAACUGGGUGUUGGACCUAUGGACCAAGAGAAGGUUAAGAUUGAUUCUCAAACCAAAUCCACAUUUACACGCCUCUACAACCAACAAUCCCACCCCCUCCCCUUCAUGAAAGCCUCGUCCAUCGCCCAACCCAAGAAGCAAGCCAAAGAGAAACCGGAUCUUGAAGAAGCGAUUGACGAAUCUGAUGAUGGCGAGGUUGUGGAGGAGGUCAAGGAUGAAGAGGAGGAUGUGGAUUUGUCAAAGGAUAAAUAUGUUAAGCAGCCGAAGAAGAAGGCGGCGCCGAAGAAGGGGGCGGCGGCUAAGGCGAAGGGGGGCAAGAAGAAGAAAGAUGACGAUGAUGAGGAGAUGGAGGAUGAGGAGGAGGAGGUUAAGCCUAAGGGGAAGGGUAAGGCGAAGGCUGCGCCUAAGGGGAAGAAGAAGUGA